UAUAAAAUUACAGCCGGUUUGCAGUUCUUUGACCUGCAGGCUGGUGCACACCAGUGAUAGCAGCAUGGCAACAAGAAAGUUGAUGCGGGCUGUCGUGGUGUCCGAGUUUGGUGGUCCGUCAGUACUACAGUUCCAAUCAGACAUUCCCGUGCCCAAUCCAGGCCUCACACAGGUUCUAAUCCGAGUCCAUGCCUGUGGGGUGAAUCCGGUUGAAACCUAUAUCCGCUCAGGUGCCUAUGCUAGGAAGCCAAAUUUGCCAUAUACCCCAGGUACAGAUGUGGCAGGAGAGGUGGAGGCAGUAGGAAAGCAUGUCAAAACAUUCAAGGCUGGUGACCGGGUCUUUACAAGUGGCACAGUUACUGGUGGCUAUGCAGAAUACACAAUUGCUUCAGAGGAAUCUGUUCACCCACUGCCUGACAAUCUGAACUACAAGCAAGGUGCUGCCAUUGGAAUCCCAUACUUCACUGCAUACCGGGCGCUCUUCCAUAAGGCUCAUUCCAAAGCAGGCGAAAGAGUGCUUAUUCACGGGGCGAGUGGUGGGGUUGGGGUGGCAGCAUGUCAGAUAGCCCGGGCCUUUGGAAUGAAAGUGCUGGGUACAGCAGGGACCUGUGAAGGGCUCAAUCUAGCACUGAAGAAUGGAGCUCAUCACGUCUUUAACCACAAAGAAAAAGGCUACAUUGAAAAAAUAAAGGAAGCUACCUGCGGACAAGGGGUGAAUGUGAUCAUUGAAAUGCUGUCUAAUAUGAACCUUAAUGCUGAUUUACAGCUGCUGUCAUUUGGAGGCAGGGUGAUUAUUGUGGGCUGUCGAGGACCCAUUGAAAUAAACCCAAGGGACACAAUGGCCAAAGAAACCAGCAUCAUUGGCGUUUCUCUGUUCAGUGCAACAAAAGAGGACAGGGCAGAGUCAUCUGCUUCGUUGUUUGCAGGAUUGGAAUCUGGGUUGUUAUCUCCAGUAAUCGGACCUGAGUAUCCACUGGAGCAGGCAUCACAGGCUCAUGAAGAUAUUAUCAGCAGCACUGGAGCCAUAGGGAAGAUGGUUCUGAUAAUGUGAUCCCUUUCUUCCAUUGCAUGUGACAAGUGGUAAUUAAAUAGAAAACAAAUUAAUGGUGCUACAGUGGCACCAACAAUUAUUCAGACAGUCUCUGUGCAUUUCAAUAUAUAUUAGUUUUAUAUUCUUGUUAAAUUGUAUAAAAAUAAAUAAAAGGUCCAUCUGUCAAGCAGA